AUGUAUAAGCUGGUCUCCUGCUGUUUGCUUUUCAUAGGAUGCUUAAAUCCUCUCUGGUCUCUUCCUGUCCUUGACUCCAGGGAAGAACCCCUGCAGCUCUCAGAUGCCGGUACCAACAUUUUUUACCCAAGAGGAAGUGUGAGAAAGGCUUUCUCAGGACAAGAUCCUAACAUUUUACUGAGUCACCUUUUAGCCAGAAUCAGGAAACCAUACAAGAAACGUGGAACUCCCUCUGAAUGCUUCUGGAAAUACUGUGUCUGAAGUGACAUGAACAUCUACUAGUCAACUCAAAACCAACCAUCUUAGAAAAAGCAAAAUAAAAAUGCUUGAUUUGAAAGCACUAUAGAUGAAAAACUAGGCAAGCUAUACCCUGUUCAUUAUUAUUUGGAAAAUAAAUCCUCUAUGUUUUGCAAAUAUCAUGAGUGGUUAUUUUACUUAUAAACAUAUCCUGAAAAUCUAUCUAUCAAUUUAUCUUUAAAGAAUUAUCUAGAAGUUUAAAAG